AUGGUUGAUAUUUGGAAAAAUACGCCUUCUAUGAGAUCCUCUUUGUUAUGUGAUGGGCAGUUUUUUCAUGUGCGUUGUGGGGCGCAUAUUUUGAAUCUCAUUGUACAAGAAGGUCUAAAGGUGAUUGAUGGAGCAUUACAAAAUAUUAGAGAUUCUGUCAAAUAUGUGAGAUCUACACAAGGGAGAAGAGUAAAAUUUGCUGAAUGUAUAUCACAAUCAUGCUUGGAGACGGGUAAAAAGGUAUGUCAAGAUGUGGCUACCAGAUGGAACUCUACGUAUCUAAUGCUUGAAGGUGCUUUGGUCUUCGAACAUGCAUUUUCCCAUUUGAAGUUAAUUGAUUGUAACUUUCUCACAUGUCCAUCACCUGAGGAUUGGGUUAGAGCCAAGAAAAUUGCAUUCUUGCUACAACAUUUUUAUGAUAUUUCCACUCUCUUCUCUGGAGUUAGAUAUCCCACGGCGAAUUUGUAUUUCUAUGGAGUAUGGCAGAUCCAGUUUCGUUUGAUAAAGCCGAAGAGUAGUGAGGAUGUAGCUAUUAGAUCUAUGGCUAUAGCAAUGCUAAAGAAGUUUGAAAAAUAUUGGAAGUGUUAUAGUGUUGUCUUAUCUUUUGCUGCAAUAUUAGAUCCUCGCUAUAAGUUACACUUGUUAGAAUUUUGCUAUUCGAAGUUGGACAUGGAUGAUCAUGUGGAAUAUGUACGGAGCAUUCGAGAAAGGUUCCAUAUGCUUUUUGAUGAAUAUGUGACCUCUACGUCGAGAGAUGAUCGCUUUACAUCUUCAACUAGUCGAGGUAACAUUUUAGUUGAGGACAUCGUUGAUAACAUUGGGGACAAUCUUGAUGAGUAUGAUGCAUUCGAGAGUGAACACUUUGGCUCGCAAUCUACUAAGUCACAAUUGGAUUUGUAUUUGGAGGAGAAUAGGCUUGAUAGAAAAAAAUACCCGGAUCUUAAUGUCCUUGAUUAUUGGAAAGCUCAUUCACAUCGGUAUCCCGAGUUAUCUCUCAUGGCCCGUGAUAUAUUGAGCAUUCCUAUCACUACUGUUGCCUCAGAGUCGGCCUUUAGCAUUGGAGGACGCAUUCUAAAUAAAUAUCGUAGUUCCCUUUCGCCUGAAAAUGUAGAGGCCGAGCUGUGCACCAGAGAUUGGUUAUUUGGAAUUCCACUUGAGGAAGAUUUCGAUGACGAGUCUCUCAUUGUCGACUUUCAAGACUAUUUGCAUUAG